AUGGAGCUGCCACGGGCCCCCCCUGCCAACGGGGCUGAGCCAUCCCGGGCAGUGGGCACUGUCAAAGUUUACCUGCCCAACAAGCAACGCACGGUGGUGACAGUCCGGGAUGGGAUGAGUGUCUACGACUCUCUAGACAAGGCUCUUAAAGUGCGGGGUCUCAAUCAGGACUGCUGUGUGGUCUAUCGACUCAUCAAGGGGGCCUCAUUUCUGUUCCAUGGCUUCCGCUGCCAAACCUGUGGCUACAAGUUCCACCAGCAUUGUUCCUCCAAGGUUCCCACAGUCUGUGUCGACAUGAGCACCAACCGCCGACAUUUCUACCACAGUGUCCAGGAUUUGUCAGGAGUCUCCAGACAGCACGAGGCUCCCUCAAAUCGUCCCCUGAAUGAGCCGCUAACACCCCCAGGUCCCAGCUCCUGCACCCAGCACCGCAACCCUGAGCACUUCCCCUUUCCUGCCCCGGCCAAUGCCCCCCUCCAGCGCAUCCGUUCUACGUCCACUCCCAAUGUUCAUAUGGUCAGCACCACAGCCCCCACUGACUCCAGCCUCAUCCAGCUCACUGCCCAGAGUUUCAACACUGAUGCUGCUGGUACUAGAGGUGUUGGUGAUGGAGCCCCCCGGGGGAACCCCAGCCCAGCUAACGUGUCCUCAGGGAGGAAGUCCCCACAUUCCAAGUCACCUUCAGAGCAGCGGGAGCGGAAGUCCUUGGCUGAUGACAAGAAGAAAGUGAAGAACCUGGGGUACCGGGACUCGGGCUAUUACUGGGAGGUGCCACCCAGUGAGGUGCAGCUGCUGAAGAGGAUUGGAACAGGCUCUUUUGGCACUGUGUUUCGCGGGCGGUGGCAUGGUGAUGUGGCUGUGAAGGUGCUCAAGGUGGCCCAACCCACAGUUGAACAGGCCCAGGCUUUCAAGAAUGAGAUGCAAGUGCUCAGGAAGACACGGCACGUCAACAUCUUGCUGUUUAUGGGCUUCAUGACCCGGCCAGGAUUUGCUAUCAUCACACAGUGGUGUGAGGGCUCCAGCCUCUACCACCAUCUCCAUGUGGCUGAUACACGCUUUGACAUGGUUCAGCUCAUCGACGUGGCCCGGCAGACUGCCCAGGGCAUGGACUACCUCCAUGCCAAGAACAUCAUCCACCGAGAUCUCAAGUCUAACAGUAUCUUCCUACACGAGGGGCUCACAGUAAAGAUUGGUGACUUUGGCCUGGCCACAGUGAAGACGCGGUGGAGUGGGGCCCAACCCUUGGAGCAGCCCUCAGGCUCUGUUCUAUGGAUGGCGGCUGAGGUGAUCCGAAUGCAGGACCCGAACCCCUACAGCUUCCAAUCGGACGUCUACGCCUAUGGGGUUGUGCUCUAUGAACUCAUGACUGGCUCACUGCCAUAUAGCCACAUUGGUAGCCGUGACCAGAUUAUCUUUAUGGUUGGCCGUGGCUAUCUGUCCCCGGACCUCAGCAAAAUCUCCAGCAACUGCCCCAAGGCCAUGCGUCGCCUGCUAUCUGACUGCCUCAAGUUUCAGCGGGAGGAGCGACCCCUCUUCCCCCAGAUCCUGGCCACGAUUGAGUUGCUGCAGCGGUCACUCCCUAAGAUUGAGCGGAGUGCCUCGGAACCCUCAUUGCACCGUACCCAGGCUGAUGAGUUGCCUGCCUGCCUCCUCAGCGCAGCCCGCCUUGUGCCUUAG